CCUGAGUGGCCUGGCCGCCGAAUCGAGCUACCGGAACUACCAGACUCGGCGACGACAUGGCGGAGAUGUUCUUCACCGGUGGCAAGGCACCGAUGGAAACGGGAAGCCGCCCUUCAAGUAACAACAUUACGCUUCUUUCGGGGCCUCCAACCUGUGGGAAGACGUCUUUGCUCUUCCAGUUUGCAAUCAAUUCCGCCUUGAGCUGCAGCGACCGCAAGGUUGUAUUCAUAUGCAGUCGCCGCCGGAUGGAAAGCAAUCCCCCUCAUCUCUCUCAGGGCAUUGAUCCAUCUUCUGACGUCUUCGAUCGCAUUCAAAUGAAGUAUGUCGAGGAUGAUGAAGACAUCAAGAGAUACUUGGCUGCCUUCCACCUGCUCGACGCAUUUCCUGCCGCAGUGGUUAUCGACGACUUCGGAGAUUUCCUUGAUGAAAGGGUUUGUCAGGAGAGAUACAGCAACGCUCGGGGAAGAGACUUGGCAAUGGCGAAGAUCUUGGCUCUCGCCCACAACGCAUUAUCACUCGCCAACGAGAAGGGGCGGUGCGAGUUUGUCAUAUCUGAUACCCACCAUGGUGAAUCCCCAAGAUUGCUCUUCAUCUACAAGCGAUGGGUUUCCUCCAUUUUUACUGUCAAAGCUGAUGGGAGAGGAUGGUUUCUUCUGACAAGCAGCGAUGGUGGGAUAAGUUCAGGAAGGACUACUGCUAAAUACUCCAUAAUGCUUCAGUACCUGUGUUUGGAAGGCAUGAUAACCGAGGAUGACGAGAGUCAACAGCAGUAAUCAUCUCUCUUGAGGGUUUGGUUUAGUUAGAAUGUCCAUCUUCAAUCUAAGCUGUUGAUACUUGCUGCUAACAUAUAAAGAUUAAGGAGCAAAAGGAAGAUAAAACUAUUUUCUUGUGUUGUUAUAACUUAUGAAUGAAUGGAUGAGGUAAGG